AUGGGCCCUGUGGACUUAACCCCCUGGCAUCGCAACGAGCUCCGCGCUCUCACCGAUGUGAAACAGACCUUCUCCAGCUGGAAUGCGUGCAUGCAGAAAGCGUAUUGCAAGUGGCCCGCUAUUAUUGGUAUCGUGCUCGGAUCCCUCGUUGUUCUCGGUAUCGCCUGGUGUAUCAUUGGUAGGAAACGCAGUGAUGAUGGCCCGCCGCGUUCCAAAUAUGCGGAUCCGCCCGCGGCAUACCAGCCUCUCCCACCCGCCAGCUAUGGUUUUCAACAGCCCGCUCCACCUGUGUAUAAUUCACCCGCUCCCAACUACUCUAGCCCGGUUCCUCAAUAUGCCCAAUUUGACACCCCAAGCAAGCCAGUCAAUGAAGAUGCGCUACCUCAUAUGCCAAGCUGGCAACACGCUUCAACGAGAAGGGUGGAGGAUACUUCGCAAGACUUGGAAAUGAAGAACCUCAACCCUUCAAAUACUGGUGGCCAAUCACUGGGCAUCAUCGGCCGAUCGCACAGCGGAUAUGCAGAAGUCCCAUCCCAACCAAGCUCUCCACGUUUUGCCCCAGAACCCUACCGUGGUGCAGAGCUCCCGAGCAACUCAGUAAACAAUUCAUCUAUUGGCGUUGCCCGCACUCAUGAAUACAACGAUCAAGCCUAUAGAACCCAGUCUCCAGUCCAUAGCUCCGGAGGAAUGUAUCCCGACGCAUCCAGACCAUACCCGCGAUCCACGACUGGCUCUCCACCCCCUCUUGCCGGACAGAAUUCAUAUGCCCAAAAUCCCUAUGCUCCGUAUUCCCAGCACGGGCAGCAGCAAUCUGGAUAUGCCCCCUAUUCUGCCCCCACACCAUCGUCUCCACCGCCGCCAUUCUCGUCGACGUACGGUGACAACCCCGCUGGACGUAAUACGCCCGGGUUACUGCAGCCCGGACGGAAGCCAGUUUCGAAUUCGUGGAAAGACGUGUAA